UUCUGUAGUUUGAUGCAAGGAAUUGAUGCUCCCACAAAUGUUCCCCUCAACGUGAGCGAGGGUGUGUGUUCAGACAGCAAAACCUGAAGCUAGGCCCCAGCUCUCUGUAGAUUAUAGAUGAGAAGGCGGUUUCUUUCAGAGCUUUCACUUUAGAGUUUACCUUUGCUCAGAACUCUGAGGUUCCUCAGAAGAGAUAGGCAGACUUUGCUUCCAGUCACUUCCUCCCUGGAGCGCUCAGAGAACCUUCUCACCAUGCUGCCAGUGAGACAUUUAUGCAGCUACAACUCCGUGAAAACCCUUCAUAUCCACAGCACAUGGCUCGGGGCUCUGAAGAACUCCUUCCUAGUGGCCAUCUGCAUCUAUAUCUGCUUUGCUUUGAUGAGCGACAAGCUAUAUCAGCGGAAGGAGCCCCUUAUCAGCUCCGUGCACACCAAGGUCAAAGGCGUUGCAGAGGUGACAGAGACUGUCACGGAGGGCGGGGUGACGAAGUUAGUACAUGGCAUCUUUGACACAGCCGACUACACCCUCCCUUUGCAGGGGAACUCGUUCUUUGUAAUGACAAAUUAUCUCAAGUCAGAAGGCCAAGAACAGAAGCUGUGUCCUGAGUAUCCCAGCCGCGGUAAACAGUGCCAUUCUGACCAGGGUUGUAUAAAAGGAUGGAUGGACCCACAAAGUAAAGGAAUCCAGACCGGCAGGUGUAUACCUUACGACCAGAAGAGGAAGACCUGUGAAAUCUUUGCCUGGUGUCCUGCUGAGGAGGGGAAAGAAGCCCCCCGGCCUGCACUCUUGAGGAGCGCCGAAAACUUCACCGUACUCAUCAAGAACAAUAUCGACUUCCCGGGCCACAACUAUACUACGAGAAACAUCUUACCAGGUAUGAACAUCUCUUGUACCUUUCACAAGACUUGGAACCCUCAGUGUCCCAUCUUCCGGCUAGGGGACAUCUUCCAGGAAAUCGGAGAGAACUUUACAGAGGUGGCAGUUCAGGGAGGAAUCAUGGGCAUCGAGAUCUACUGGGACUGCAACCUGGACAGCUGGUCCCAUCGCUGUCAACCCAAAUACAGCUUCCGCCGGCUGGACGACAAGUACACCAAUGAGUCCCUGUUCCCUGGCUACAACUUCAGAUACGCCAAGUACUAUAAGGAAAACGGCAUGGAAAAGCGGACGUUGAUCAAAGCCUUUGGCGUGCGUUUUGACAUCCUGGUUUUUGGCACUGGGGGAAAAUUUGACAUCAUCCAGUUGGUUGUGUACAUUGGAUCCACCCUGUCCUAUUUCGGUUUGGCCACCGUGUGCAUUGACUUGAUCAUCAACACGUAUUCCAGUACCUGCUGCAGGUCACGUGUUUACCCCUCCUGUAAGUGCUGUGAGUCCUGUGCAGUGAAUGAGUACUACUACAGAAAGAAGUGUGAGCCCAUCGUAGAGCCCAAGCCGACGUUAAAGUAUGUGUCCUUUGUGGACGAGCCCCACAUUUGGAUGGUGGACCAGCAGCUGCUUGGGAAAAGUCUGCAAGAUGUCAAAGGUCAAGAGGUCCCGAGACCCCAGACGGACUUCUUGGAACUGUCUAGGCUCUCCCUCUCUCUCCACUACUCACCCCCAGUUCCUGGACAACCUGAGGAAAUGCAGCUGCUCCAGAUAGAAGCGGUUCCUAGGUCCAGGGACAGCCCAGAUUGGUGCCAGUGUGGAAACUGCCUCCCGUCUCAACUAUCAGAGAACCGCAGGGCCCUGGAGGAGCUGUGCUGCCGGAGGAAGCCAGGACAGUGCAUCACCACCUCUGAGCUCUUCUGUAAGAUCGUGCUAUCCAGAGAGGCCCUGCAGCUCCUCCUGCUCUACCAGGAGCCCUUGCUGGCGCUGGAGGGAGAGGCCAUCAACAGCAAGCUGCGACACUGUGCAUACAGGAGCUAUGCCACCUGGCGCUUUGUCUCCCAGGACAUGGCCGACUUUGCCAUUCUGCCCAGCUGCUGCCGCUGGAAGAUCCGGAAAGAGUUCCCCAAGACCAAGGGGCAGUACAGUGGCUUCAAGUAUCCCUACUGACAGUAUGGCUGCCACAUUAUGGUGACUCAUAAUAUAGCAUUCUCUUGGAAAGACUUAGAGACACACUUUCAGCCAAAGGGGAACUUAAGUCUUCCUCCCUCGUAAGCCGUGUUGAAGGGAUUGUUAGGCCAAUGGCAAGCACAUGAACCCCUCUCCACGUGGAUGAGACACAGAUGCAGAUCUGAGCCUGCGGCUUGACCUGGACUGCGGUGCCACCCACAGCCUAUAACGUAUACACAGGCUCCUCGAAUCCCGACCUUCCCCAACCCACUUCCUCUGAACUAGCAUUGUGGAGAUGGUGAAGGUGUUUUCUCUCCUGUCCGUGUCUCCACAGCUUCCUGGAUACAAAGGUCCAUCCCUGAAAACCAAACCUUUUGAGAUUCGAGAGUACUCUGAGAAAUGAAAUAGGGCCACAACUUCUUUGACAUCCUCCACCCCAACCCAACCCCUCAAGACCCAAAGGUGUCGUUUCCCCUCCCCAUUAUGGGCAACUCUGGCGGCUUCAUCCAGUAGCGGAUGUGACGUCACAUGUAUUGUUUCAGGCCCUGGUUUUAAGAGGCUAACAACUUCCAAUUCCUGUUGAACGCUUGCUAAGAGGAAGCCAGGCCAAGUUAAGAGCACAACUAUAGGGGCUUCUCAGCUGUGAGGAGGCCCGAGAAGCUCCAGGGAGAAGUCGUCAACUUGAGCCAGCUCAUCACCAGAAGUUGCCACCGUCAGGUGAUUCGAGACACGACACGUGACUGAAACUGCAGGAGACGAACUGCGCAUGUCAACCCAGAGGACCACUCUGCUGCCUUGUCGUUACAUUUGGGGGAGUGCGGUCGCCACACAGCAACAGGCAACUGGAGCAAGGGAUGCUAACCAAGGCCCGAGUCACUGCAAAGCGUAG